AUGGAGCCCCCGUUUCCAGAUGCAGACCUGACAUUUGUAUGUGCAGAGCGCUCAAACCUCAGCCGGGACCGAGUCCAUGGCAGGCUUAGCGCUGCCUACCGACUGUCCGCGUUCAGCCCUGUGGCCUUCCUAACCCCUGUCCCCAGCCCUGUGGCCUUCCUACCCCCUGUCCCCAGCCCUGUGGCCUUCCUACCCCCUGUCCCCAGCCCUGUGGCCUUCCUACCCCCUGUCCCCAGCCCUGUCCCCUUCCUACCCCCUGUCCCCAGCCCUGUCCCCUUCCUACCCCCUGUCCCCAGCCCUGUCCCCUUCCUACCCCCUGUCCCCAGCCCUGUGGCCUUCCUACCCCCUGUCCCCAGCCCUGUGGCCUUCCUACCCCCUGUCCCCAGCCCUGUCCCCUUCCUACCCCCUGUCCCCAGCCCUGUGGCCUUCCUACCCCCUGUCCCCAGCCCUGUCCCCUUCCUACCCCCUGUCCCCAGCCCUGUCCCCUUCCUACCCCCUGUCCCCAGCCCUGUCCCCUUCCUACCCCCUGUCCCCAGCCCUGUCCCCUUCCUACCUCCUGUCCCCAGCCCUGUCCCCUUCCUACCCCCUGUCCCCAGCCCUGUGGCCUUCCUACCCCCUGUCCCCAGCCCUGUGGCCUUCCUACCCCCUGUCCCCAGCCCUGUGGCCUUCCUACCCCCUGUCCCCAGCCCUGUGGCCUUCCUACCCCCUGUCCCGUGGAUUUUAUCUGUAUUUUAUCAUAAAGGUGAUCAAUAG